GAAGAUUUAGGAGCAAGGUUAUACUAGAGUGUGCAGCAGCAGCAGCAAGAAUUUUUUGUUACUCCGCAGUGCGUGCAUAUGCAAAUACUUGAAUAAAGUUCAACUACGUAUGUAUCAAUAUUCUUAUUAAGUACCUUGAGAAUCAUCAAGAACAAGAAGAAGGAUGUCGGCACCCUACGGGAACGGGUGGUACAGUGGCUAUUCAUGGUACAACCCUGCGGAGAAAGGCAGUAGCAGUGGUGCGACGCGUGCACCGACUUCCAGCACCACGCGACCCGCAACUUCCACUGCUUCAACGACUGGCGUUUCCGCAACCACAAGCAGUGCUGUCGGAACAGCAACAGCUGCGUCGGUCGCUCUCGGCGGCUCCACGCAAGGAGGUGCAACCGGAUCGUCCAGCGGGAGCCAACAACAUCUUGCCGCUACUACUAGUUCUGCAUCAGGUUCGACGAAUAAUUUACUCACCAACGGUACUAGUGCUACUGCGGAACAACAUCAUGGUGGUGCUGGAGCUACAACGACUAGUCCUUCCGGUGCUGUGGCCAGCAGUAGUUCUACUUCGAACACCAGUAGGACCGCAGAACAACAACAGGCAGGUGCAAGUGCUUAUGCCAAGUUUUGGCACGACAAUCCGAAAUUCUGGCACGACAAGAACCUUGCAUGGGGCACGACGCACCCGUCCGCAAAUGUGCCCAUUAAGAUACCGAACCCCGACGUGCGACCGACGAUAACCGACGUGCAAAACCUACUCGCGAGGUGAGCAAUCUAAAAGCUUUUGAUUUAUUUGGCUGCAUUUCUCAUAUACUUCGACAAGUAUGAGCCAAUGGAAGAUCCUCAAUGAUUAUCCUGACAUAGUACAAGUACUAAAGCAAUUUUGAAGAAGCACCAGGUGUAAAAGAUUAUUUUCAAAAGGCUUGCACCCUCUUUUAUCGAAGUUGUGAAAUGAAUGUUAUCUCCGUCUUCAUCUACAUCUACUUAAAGUGAAAUCUCAUCACUCUACUAGGGUUUUAUGUCCGGAAUCAUAUGGCCGAUUCUCGAGUACAGAUGCCAAGCAUGAGGUGUCCUUUGUUGAAGUGCCCAACUCACAUAAGAUUCCGAGAGUUACUUUAUGCCUUCUUCCCAGUCUGGGCUUCGCAUCUGCCAGUCGCCGAGGCGAGAUAAAAAAGGGUAUAGAUACAGAUUAUUUACAGAUUACUUACAGAUUCGUUGAAAAAAUACAUAAGGUCUUAGUUCACAAGAUACAUAAAACAAAGUACAUCGAAAUAGCCUUGCAUGCUGUUAUCUACGGGUUGAUCACCUAAAAUUGAACGUACUGGACUACUAUCUUUCGUAUCAUGCCAAUAGUGAUUGAUUCUUAAAAUCUUUAGGCGCUGCAGCAGCAGAGCAAGACGGAAGUCGUGCUGAUCUCGUGGAGCUUAGGAAAAGAAAUAGAGAAGGCGACUUAUCGAAGUGUUAUUUUAUGCCAUGGCUUAGCAGCAUUUUCAGGCGUUCCUGGCUGUGUCAUCUGAGCCUGAAGAGAGGGUAUACACUAUGUUAUGGCCACCCAGUAAUAGUUGAUGAGCAUGUAGUUUAAAUCAUGUGAGUACCACUACUUAGUUGGAGAUGAAGAGUUUGAGUUGCUACCACUGACACUGAGCACUAGAAGAUGAAGAGUUUUUGAUUCUUGAGAUAGAAAUUGCAACUGUUGUUGUUCAUCCCAGGAGCUACUGUUUUGUUCUUAAUAUGAGACUGUAUCGACACUUCGACUUCCAUUCCACGGAAGGUUCUUUCCGGAACGACACGAGUUAUUGCGCGAGAUGUUAUUAGGAAAAUUGAAAGUGACUCGGGAUGGCAAAGUGCGGGAGCCUAAGAUCCAUCCGCACCUUUUGGGUGAUCGUCGAGUCAACGGCCCAACAAGAGACAAGUACCAACUAAGAUUAGAGUUAUAAAGCAUCUUCUGUGAAAUAGUUUUUUUUGACUAUCGAAGGUUAACAAGGUUAUAAAGCGAACAUUGACAUUCAGUCAUGAUGCUCUUAUGAAAAUAAGGGUAGAACGGUUUUGGUGAACCAUGUUGAUCAAGUCAGUCCUCUUUUCACUUUCCAUCUCCAGGACGAACAUAUUGUACCCUUCGCACGGCUUUCUUGCCACCAAAGACGAGUUGGCCCUGGCGCAGUAUCCAGUUUUAUGCUGUGUGAACACCAUGGGACUUGGUAUAUGAAUUCUUAGAUAGAUGUUUGUUCUUUGUUUUCGCUAGUAGAUACUUAAGAAUUGCUUUUGCGUCAUUGAUGAAACACGAAUACACACCCACAGCGAUGAAGUACGUCUUUAGCUAUAUUUCAACGUUCUGGUGAUCCAUAUCCAUAUCCAUUGUAACCUCAACAAACGCUACUCAGAGCACCACUUAGACGCGGGUUGGUGCUGCGCUAGGAAAAAAGGACCCGAGGACCUAGUGCCAAAUAUGUGCGAUAUUCUGACAAUAGACUGUGAAAUGGUCCAGACAUCUGCUGAAGAGAAUGCCUUAGCGAGGCUCUCGGCCGUCAACUUUCAAGGACAGGUAGAGGAUUGUCUUCUCCUAAUUGUUGGCGAUGUUAUGAUCAUAAAGACGGACGUAUACAAUUUUCUAUCGACGAAUCUCAUUGUUCCAUACUUUAUUUUCGUCAAAAUCGCUUAAGUAGAACAUGCUAUCCCAGUCUGCUUACUUCCAACAAGGUUCUUCUCGACAUCUACGUGAAGCCUCCAAAUCCAGUGACCGAUUACAAAACACAGUUUUCGGGGAUUACAGUGUCAGAUUUGAUGGGUGUUUCGCGGACACUAGAGGACGCGCAAAAUUUGUAAGACACAUUAUACUUUACACAUUCGUUGAUUCUUGAUUUGUACGAUCUUGUCUCCAACUAGAUAAUCAUGAUUGUUUGUUUCACCAGAUCCUCGUCAACAUUAUUCCAUUUUUAUUCACUACCCAAACAAUAAUUGAAAAUAGAUUCACUCAAUCAAAUCCAAAACAGGCUCCUCCGCUUCCUGGGUCCGCGCACUGUGCUCUGCGGUCACUCAUUGGAGAAUGACCUGAAUGCCCUGAAGCUAAUACACCCUUUUAUUAUUGACACGGCGAUAUUGUAUCCGCAUCCAGAGCGACUUCCCAUGAAGCGAGGCCUCCAGUGGCUCGUUGAGCGCAUGUUGAAGGUACUUACUAUGUUGAUCAAAUGCUCACAGUAACGAUCAUGUAGGCCUCGUAGGAAUAGUUUGUAUUGAUGCGCUUCUCCGGAAUAGUUUGUAUAAUUGAUGCUUUCGUAGGAAUAGCCUCAAGAAUAUUCAUUACAAUCAGUGAUCACAAUCUGCUGCAACUGCACCUCUACAGAUACCCAUUACCCCAUUCUUCAUAAUCAUUUUCAGAAAAAGAUGGAUCGAGAUCGAGGGCAUAAUAGCGUAGAUGAUGCAGUAUUCACUUUGCAGCUCGUGCAACUGAAGAUUCAGAACGGGUUGCACUACAACCAUCCGAGCAGCCAAAACGAAAUGGAGGUGCUGCGGACAAUAGGAGCACUUCCUGGUACCACCACUCUAUAAUGAUUUUGAUUAUUUAUGUUUGCUGGGUUAAUUUUUACAUUGCUCUAGAAAUUGCGAUUGGUGUGGAUUAUGACGCAGCGCAAUGGCAAGGUGUCAAGCAUGAUGAUUUUACAUCUUGCUGGCAGUAGGUCUGGCUAAAUUGCGAAGAAAGUUACAUUUUCUUGUCUUCCCAUUAUACAAUUUGGAAAAAGUUGUAUCUAAACAAACAGGCGUACGCACAAGGUUGUUCUCGGACCAGGACGCAUUGCCUGAGAGACAGUCGUGGGCCGGAAAGUAUGGCGAAAGUUUGCUUUUGGCGAUUGACAAUGCCGUAGCACGACUUUCGACGUCACGAGCAUCACCACGGCUCACGGCAUCAUUGAGGACGACCUCAAAAUCGGCGCAAGCGGCUACUGCGUCGUCUGCUGCAAGAACUGCAUCAAAGCCAGUAGUUGCAACUGCAAAUGCGUCAUCGAAGCCUGCUGGAACUACGGCAGCUGCAAAUGCCUCAUUGAAUUCUGCUGGAAGCACGGCAGCUGCAAAUGGAGCCACGACCACGACGGACAGCUCUGUUGCGGGUUGUCCUGGCUCGAGCAUGAAUGGCCCGAAUGGCGUGGGUGCAGCAGGGCCUAGUGCAGCGAGCAGCGUUUCGGGAUCAACCGCUGCAAAUAAGCGGAUGGGUGAGGACUCGGGAAUGUCGCAACAACCAGAAAAGAGAAGGCGGAGCGGAUCGCCCAGCACCUUGCGAAGCGCUGCUGCUGCGACCGCCGCGUUAGCUGCGUCAGCGUCGAAUAAAGUCGUAACAAAGAAAACAAGUGGAGCAGGCGGUGAAGAUCAGAGUACAUCCAGUAUUGUUGUUGGCGGCAUAGUUGCGACCAGCACAGCGAAGGAGACCGCUAACGGCGCAGUAGAGGAUGAAGAGACCCCUUCGCGUGGCGGAGACGAAACCACUCGAGCUGCUGACGCUGGAGGAGACAGCGCCAAGAGGAGGCGCGUCGAUACACCAGCUGGCGUCGGAACGAACAAAGACAGGGAACAAGCACUUGCUGGUACAACUGAAAACAGCACUUCUUCUAGGAUUAAUGUCGCUGUAGCCGCUCCUGUACCAUCGUCGUCCUCAUCCUCGGGAGAAGUGGACGGCUCAGACGCAGUGGCCGAUACUUCUCCGGUCCCCGACAGUCCUAUGGACAACGAUCUCGGAGCUGCUCUCCCCACGGUCGCACCCCUAGAAGGUCUACUAAAUCAGAAGGACCAGGCGUCAUCCCAAAACAAGCCACAGCAAAGAACGACAAAUAUGACUUCCCCUGAUGUUCUUGAAGAAGAUUCUACUGGUGCUCCUCCACCACGUGCCACUGAGCUUUCCAAGCGUGCUAGUGCGCUUCGAAAGCAUCUCACCGACCGCCGAUCCUCAGCCAUGCUGAGUGCUCCUGUAGACGACGGUGCCCCUCCAGCAGAAAACAAUAGUAGCACCACAGCUGCUGCUGCUGCUGCUGCUGCUGCUGCUGCUGGGGAUACUGCAAUCGCCGCCAAUCUUCUUCUGGGGGCUGGGGUACUAGAGAAUGGCACCACAUCAAAGCUUCUAGAGGGAGAGAUGCGGGCCUCGCCUGACGACUCUAGUAGUGAUGAUGACGACGACGACGACGAUGAUCAAGAAGACUCUCUCUCAGACUCAACCGGCGAAUCGAGCAGUGGUAGACCCGAAGAUAAAGAUUCCUCCUCCUCUACUGGUAAAGAUCAAGAUUCUGCUACCGGAAGUGGUACCACAGCCAAAGUAACAGCAUCGGGGGCACCUCAAUCUUCACGUGGUACUGUUACAACUGGAGGAGCGCCUGCGGUGGCAAGCAGUAGCAGUAUAGUAACUAGUGGUCUUGGAGGAGCAGUAAAACGAUUAUCAGGGUCCGGGAGGUCUUCAGGGGAAAAAUGUAUUGCAAAUGCCGGUACAACGGUGGCCGCAGGUGGAAAGACGCAAUCCGAGAAUUUGGCCGAGGGCGAUGCGGCAAUCCAGGCAAGUCCGAGUAAACCCGUAGGUGCGUUGCCCACCGAUGCUGCUAUUCCCGCUGUAACGAAGAGGCCCGCAGGAAAGAGUGCGCCACCGGCACAGUCCACCACGUCGAGUAGCUUAACGGUUGGUAAUUCUAGUGGCGCGGGUAAUAUAUCUAGUGGAGCGAUCGAAGGUGCUGGUGGCAACAAUAAAGGUGGACAGAACAAAGCUCUCGCUGGUCCUCAGGGGGCAGCCGCCGGCAGUGAGGGGGCCAACAACGCAGCAGUGAGCGGAACAGCAGCCGGACAAACAACUGCGCAGCUGCGCUCCAGUAGCAAAAAUUCGUCCCCGACUUUGCGCACCGGCGCAGUGCGCAGUAAGAGCGGAGGCACACCUCCGGUUCCUCCAGGAAGUAACAUCAGUAACCAUAAUGUUACAUCAACCUCUUCGCGUACUAGUCGACGGACGGGCGCUGAUUCGCAGCUGCUCCAAGCAGCCACGGAGGUGGAAGCUAGCUGGCCAGCGGCGCUUCCAACCGGCGCAACCAAGGAGAAAUGGAAGGAACUCCGAAUUUUCAACUUCUCCCGACUGGAAACCGUGGAUAAUUCUAUUAAGCAAAGGUUCUCUUGCUAGUCGCUUAGGUCCAGCGACGCUCAAAGCACAAAAAGUAGAACAGCCGGCUAGUUUUCCCUCUAAUCUUAGGUCUAUCCCUACAUGCAGGAUACUAAUCCGUCGUUCCUUCCAUUUUAUUUCAUUUUCACAGCUACUCGAGUUUCUCCGUGAAAAAGUUGUUUCUUUCUCAGCGAAAAAAAACCAACCCAUACCCGAGACGUAGUUGUGAGUGUGAGAUACUUAUUACAGUUUUCAGCUCCUCUAAUUCUAGCAAUAGGGUGGAAGAAAAUCUGCAUUUGAUGCAGUUGGACGACGACCUGAAGGAGCUAGUGGAGCGAACGGGAAUACGAAAUGAAAUGUUCAUCUUUCUUUCGUCGGGGAAAGCGUCAAGCUACAACCGUGUUGUGUAUGUUUGUCACUUUAUUCUACUACUAGUCUAGGUAAUGAGUCAUCUGAGUUCUUGUAUUUUUCUACAGUACGUAGAAGGAGACUAUACUAAUAUAUAAAGAGCGACUCGCGACUUGUUCCUCGUUCCUCUGGACCAUAGGGAGAAGUGUUCAUUAAAUGUGAAUGACUACUGGAGGGAGCAGUUCGUGAGUACUAGUCGUGAGUCGUUUUUUUUUACUUGUUUCUUCAUCCUACACGGGCAAUCGCACGAGGGCAGGGAGCGGACCCGAAGUGGGAGAAACUGGUGGGGAGCAUGAGCAACUUGCGCACGCAGUGUAACGAAAGUGGCUUUCUGGCGAUACAUCUGAAAGGAGUGGACGACGUCUUCUUGGGGCGUCAGAUGGUGCCGAGUCAGACCGGAAAGACCACGAGUCAGACAAGUCAAAGUUUGCGCAUGCAGUAA